AUGAGUCAUUCCCUCAGGUUAGCACUCUUUCUUGUCUUAGUUCUCUACAUGAGUCAGCCAUCGACUACCUAUUCACUCUUCAAGAAGUACGGGGUUCUCAUCAUCAAUGGGUUCCAAAAUCAGACGUUGAACAUCCAUUGUAAAUCCGAAGAUGAUGAUCUUGGCCUCCAACAUAUCCCUGUGAAUGGAGAGUUCCAAUGGCACUUUCGGAUCAACUAUUGGGGCACUACACUCUUCUUUUGCAACAUGUGGUGGUCGGGUGGACAUCGUAGUUUAGAUGUUUUUUGGGCAGAUAACAAGUUUAUUGUUGACGAUUGUGGAGAUUCAGAUUGCCGGUGGAUGGGUGAAGAGGAUGGAAUUUAUUUGUAUAUUUCAAAGCAUAAUGAAUAUCGCUUGCAAUCUAGGUGGGAACCAUGGCAAGCAUGA